UAAACAUCAAAAUAUAUUUUAGAUUGUAGAUUCUUCGAAGUAGCCACCCUUUGCCUUGACAGCUUUGCACACUUGGCAUUCUCUCAACCAGCUUCACCUGGACUGCUUUUCCAACAGUCUUGAAGGAGUUCCCACAUGCUGAGCACUUGUUGGCUGUUUAUCCUUCACUCUACAGUCCAAGUCAUCCCAAACUAGGUUGAGGUCGGGUGAUUGUGGAGGCCAGGUCAUCUGAUGCAGCACUCCAUCACUCUCUUUGGUCAAAUAGCCUUUACACAGCCUGGAGAUGUGUUGGGUCAUUGUCCUGUUGAAAAACAAAUGAUUGUCCCACUAAACACAAACCAGAUGGUAUGGCGUAUCUCUGUAGAAUAUGGUAGCCAUGAAUUUAAGAUAAAUCAGACAGUGUCACCAGCAAAGCACCAUCGCACCACCUCCAUGAUUUGCGGUGGGAACCACACAUGCGGAGAUCAUCCGUUCACCUACUGCGUCUCACAAAGACACAGUGUUUGGAACCAAAAAUCUUUGUCCUGUUGAAAAACAAAUGAUAGUGGGACUAAGCGCAAACCAUGUCGGAUGGUGUAUUGCUGCAGAAUGCUGUGGUAGCCAUGCUGGUUAAGUGUGCCUUGAAUUCUAAAUACAUUUCAGACACUGUCACCAGCAAAGCACCCCCACACCAUCACACCUACAUACUUCAUCGUGGGAUCUACACACGCAGAGAUCAUCCAUUCACCUACUCAGCGUCUCACAAAGACAUGGGGUGUUGGAACCAAAAAUCUCAUAUUUGGACUCAUCAGACCAAAGGACAGAUUUCCACCAGUCAUAUGUCCAUUGCUCGUGUUUCUUUGGCACAAGGAAGUCUUCUUCUUAUCGGUGUCCUUUAGUAGUGGUUUCUUUGCAGCAAUUUGACCACGAAGGCCUGAUUCACACAGUCACCUCUGAACAGUUGAUGUUUAGAUGCGUCUGCCACUUGAACUCUGUGAAGCAUUUAUUUGGGCUGCAAUCUGAGGUGCAGUUAACUCUAAUGAACUUAUCCUGUGCAGCAGAAGUAACUCUGGGUCUUCCAUUCAUGUGGUGAUCCUCAUGAGAGCCAGUUUCAUCAUAGAGCUUGAUGGUUUUUGCGACUGCACUCUUCAGUUCUUGACUGACAUUCAUGUCUUAAAGUAAUGAGGGACUGUAAUUUCUCUUUGAUUAUUUGAGUUGUUCUUGCCAUAAUAUGGACUUGGUGUUUUGGAUUGGAUCCAAAAAUCUCAUAUUUGGACUCAUCAGACCAAAUGACAGAUUUCCACUGGUCUAAUGUCCAUUGCUCGUGUUUCUUGGCCCAAGCAGGACUCUUCUUAUUAUUGGUGUCAUUCAUUGGUGGUUUCUUUGCAGAAAUUCGACCAUGAAGGCCUGACACUAAAGCAUUUAUUUGGGCUGGUAACUAAUGAACUUACCCUCUGCAGCACAGGUAACUCUGGGUCUUCCUUUCCUGUGGCGGUCCUCAUGAGAGCCAGUUUCAUCAUAGCUUUAAAAGUUCUUGAAAUUUUCCGGAUUGACUGACCUUCACGUCUUAAAGAAAUGAUGACUGUCAUUUUUCUUUGCUUAUUUGAGCUGUUCUGGACAUCUUGGUAUUUAACCAAAUUGGGCUGUCUUCUGUAUAACACCCCUACCUUGUGACAACACAACUGAUUGGUUCAAACGCAUUAAGAAGGAUAGAAAUUCCACAAAUUAACUUUUAACAAGGCACACUUGAAUUGAAAUGCAUUCCAGGUGACUACCUCAUGAAGCUGGUUGAGAGAAUGCCAAGAGUGUGCAAAGCUGUCAUCAAGGCAAAGGGUGGCUACUUUGAAGAAUCUCAAAUAUAAAAUAUUUAUUUCUGUUGUUGGUUACUACAUGAUAUGUGUUCUUUCAUAGUUUUGAUGUCCUCCAUAUUAUUCUACAAUGUAGAAAAUAGUAAAAAUGAAGAAAAACCCUUGAAUGAGUACGUGUGUCCAAACUUUUGACAGGUACUGUAUGUGACCUCACAAUUUCAACAUUAGUGACAAGGAAGUAAUUUUUCUGAAGUAUUUGCACAAUAUUUUGUUUGUUGCAUUUGUGUGUGGUGGAGGAUUGUUAUCACGUUUCAUCAUUGUCUAAACAUAUUGGUUUUAAGUCUGAUGGACCUAGACAUUGUGACUGACCUAUAGUAGUAUGGUGGAAUAUCACUAGUAAGUUUGUUUUAUUCUCCAGAAGCUGCCUGUACCACAGCACAUCAAGUCUGUGAAUAUAAAACUAACAGCUUCUUCACCCAAAAUGGUGUAUGCAUAUUAUAAGAUGUGUGCAUGAAGUGUAUGAUGUUACACGUCAGAUGUAAUAUUCCUGUUGUCAUUCUGAAAUACAUUGAAGUAGAAACUUAGUGUGGAAUGGAUUAGGUCCGGGAUCUUUUAACCACUGUUAGUAAUGUCAUAUGAUCUCCCUGGCCAAUAAGAAAUCGAAGACUGAUAAAUGCUAUAGUAACACAUUGUGCAAUGACUUUUGACAUCCUGGAGUGGUGGACUUCCUGUCUCACAGUAUUUAAAGCUCAGAAGUACAUGCUGUAUGGUCACUGGGUGUGCACCGUGAGUAUCUGUGCUGUAAAAAAAAAAAAAAAAAAGUGACUAGACAAUUUUUUUUGCAUGUUUCUAACUGUAGAUUCCACAUGGUUGCUAAAGGGUUAUUUGAACUUUUCUUGUGCUACACAUGUUAAACACUGAAAUGCGCAGUGAUGAUUUAGUUAUUCUUAUUUUUUUCUAUUAUAUGAUAUUCAUAAAAAAUGUAGUAAUGGCUCAAUUGAUUAGUUAAUUGCAUAAAAAGAGACGUUUAAGGUAUCCUAACAUUUACACAAUGUAAGAAUGUUAAUGUCUAUAGACCUUGCACUUUGACAGGUCUAUUUGUAUUACAUGUUCAGUUUUACUAAAAAUAUGCAGAACGUAGAACUAUUGAGCAUACUUCCUGUUUCUUUAGAAGGGAAAUGCUUUUAGAUUUAGAGUAAAGAUGCAUAAUGCAGCUCAAAACUAGACCUAUUUUAAAGAAUCAUGACUGGGAUCUUAGAUGUUAUAGAGUAAAACACCAGCUAUUUCACUUUUUUUCUUAGUGUAGGCACAGCAGGAAAUAUUAAGGACCUUGAACUUGGAAUCUGAAGAACCCUGCCAUUCACUAGUUCCUGCAACAACAAGCAGCAUCAAGGAUGGAAGCAAGCCUCUGCAAUAUUUCGGACAACAUCACAUCAAAUAGGAGCCUCAUUGAAACCGUUGUACAGUGGACAACAUUCUCCAUUGGUUUUCCUCUGAUCUGUCUGUCAAUUUAUGCCAUGUACUUCCUGAUCAGAGUUGAGCACAUCGCUCCAGUCUAUGUUAUCAACCUUCUUAUUGCAGAUCUCAUUCAGAUUUGCAUGAGGCCAUUCAUACUCUGGUACCUUAUAGUCAUGUUGAUUGAAUUCUUUGGUAUUAGUGCAAGCAUUGGUUUCAUGGUAUGUGUUGCUCUCGAGAGAUAUCUUAUGAUUGCAUUUCCUCUCUGGUACCGUUUUCGCCGUAACAUCAAAUACUCGCUCAUAAUGUCCUCCAUUAUCUGGCUUUUUCCUUUCAUCCAAAUCUCCAUGUUUUACCUCACACCGACUAUUGAGAUUUCACUUAUUUUGUUUGCAGUUAACCUCCUCAUACCCUUUCCACUGCUUGUAUUCUUCCUAGUGGGCACGUUGAAAGCUCUGUCCAUCUCAAUCUCUGUGCCAGCUGUCGAACAGAGACGGAUUAUUGGUACCCUGGCCCUUGUGCUGGGCAAUUACACAGUCCUGUUCCUACUCAUCAUACAAUAUCUGAUAUCAGGGGUAACAUGCCAACACAAUGUGGAGAUUGGGAUAAUCUUUGAGAGAUUCAGCCCCCUUGUGGAUCCUCUACUUGUGUUCAUGAGAAAGGGAGCUAAGGACACUCUGGCCUUCCCCUGCUUCGACAAGCUCAUGGGUGACGAGGAGCAGAGUCAGGUCACCAACACUAUGACCAUGACUGAUAGUGGAGUAGAAGGCUCCAGGUAGGACAGAUCCAGGAUAAUGGACUAUCUGUAUGAUUCACUAUGUAUAACUCCUAUCAACUCUUUGUUAAAAUUAUCGGAUCGAAACGUUGUCAAAAAAGCGUUGAAUUGGGAGCUUUAACAGUGUGCGGCCUUGUUCUUUUCUUUGUUAAAAUUAUACCAUACGGGCCUCCCGAGUGGCGCAGUGGUCUAAGGCACUGCAUUGCAGUGCUUUAGGCGUCACUUCAGACCCAGGUUUGAUUCCAGGCUGUGCCAUAACCGGCCGUGACCGGGAGUCGCAAGGGGCGGCACACAAUUGUCCCAGCAUUGUCCGGUUUAGGAGACGGUUUGGCCAGGGGGGAUUUACUUGGCUCAUCACGCUCUAGCGACUCCGUGUGGUGGCACGGGCGCCUGCACGCUGACUUCAGUUGCCAGUGAAUGGUGUUUCCUCCGACACAUUGGUGCAGCUGGCUUCCGGGUGAAACGGAGGAUGCAUGACUCUACCUUUGCUGCAACUCCCCAACGGGCUCGGGAGAGGCAAUGAGACAAGAUCGCAAUUGGAUAUCACGAAAUUGGGGAGGAAAAAGGGGGUUAAAAUGUUUAAAUAAACCUACUUUACUUUUAUUGUUGUUAAAAUGUGAAGAGUACAUGCCUUGCUUUUUAAUAUACAAUGCAUAACAUACUGUAUUGUACACAGCCCUAUUCUGCAUUGCAAUAUCUUUGUUGGGCUUGUAUUGCAGCUUUUCAGAAAAAUAUGGACUCCUUUCCUUCAAUAAAUUGAUAAUGUGGAUAUU